CUUGAAUAUUUAUCCAUCUAUCGACUUCAUCUCCACAGCUUGUCACAUGAACGCAUUCAAGUCUGAGCAUUUAGAACAAGAAAAACGGGAGACGCCAAAUCUAGGGUGCAGUGACGCGGUCCCGUCGCUGGGAGGAGCUGUUCAUUUUGCCUGCACUUGGAUCGGAUGGAGUGAAAAACACAUUAGCUUCGAUAGCAAUGGCUAAUGUUUACUCCUUAUUUAGCUUAGCUGUGCGCUUUCUAUAAGUCAACAUAAGGUGCGAGCUUCUGCUUUCCAUGGCCGUGGGCUGAUGUGCACAUCAUGCGGCACCAGUGGCUGCUCCUCGGGGCUUGUGGCUGGGUCCUGCUCGUCCUCAUGUUUGUCAGUAAAUUCAUCAGCUUUAAAACUAUUGAAGGUUACAAGAAGCGACCUGCUCAAAGUUGGACUGUGGGAGAUACAAAGGUGGCAAAACUGGCAUCUGUGCCGAGCACAUUAAAGCAAAAUCAAACACCAUCACAUCAGCCCUCAGUUGCGGCCACCGCGUCAGACUGGCAGGAGGUCUCGGAGAGCCGACUCGAGCAUCUUUCAGCCGUGUGCAAGAACAGCAGCCUGAGGAAUUUAACUCACGUCUCGAUCAGCAAGUUCGUCCUCGACCGCAUCUUUGUCUGCGACAAGCGCCAGAUCUUGUUCUGCCAGACGCCUAAAGUGGGGAACACACAGUGGAAGAAGGUGCUCAUUGUGCUCAAUGGAGGUUUUCCCAGCGUGGAAGAAAUCCCAGAAAACCUCGUUCACGACCACGACAAAAACGGCCUGCCCCGCCUGUCUUCAUUCUCCCCGCAGGAAAUAACUGAAAGGUUGAACUCUUACUUUAAGUUCUUCAUCGUGAGAGAUCCCUUCGAACGCCUCAUUUCUGCAUUCAAAGACAAGUUUGUGAAGAACCCGCGCUUCGAGCCCUGGUACAAGCACGACAUCGCGCCGGCCAUCAUCCGCAAAUACCGCAAGGUCCACCGCGAGAGCGACCUGGCCGCCUCCGGCCUGCACUUCGAGGACUUCGUCCGUUACCUGGGAGACGCCGAGGGCCGCCGGCGGAUGGACCGGCAGUUCGGGGAGCACAUCAUCCACUGGGUGACGUACGCGGAGCUGUGCGCGCCGUGCGAGAUAAACUACAGCGUGGUCGGGCACCACGAGACCCUGGAGCACGACGCGGCGUUCAUCCUGAGAGCAGCCGGCAUCCACCAACUGGUGUCGUACCCGGCCAUUCCUCCGGGCAUCACGCGCUACAACAGGACCAAGGUGGAGCACUACUUCUCAGGGAUCAGCAAGCGGGACAUCAGGCGUCUCUAUGCACGAUACCAAGGCGACUUCCAGCUGUUUGGCUACCCGACGCCAGAGUUUUUACUGAACUGAAUGGGAAAACUGAACUAGGGUGUUGGAUUUGAGCAUCCUUGCUGCCAUAGGAAGAGCAGACUUUAAAAUAAAUUGUCUACUUUUACUCCCA